UGUAAAAGCUGAGCAUGCGCCACAGUGACCACUGUCCGGAGGCUGCAUGCUGUCGCGUUGCAUUCUGCGACCCCCUCCUUGGGAGUUGCCAUAUAUAAUGAGUGACCCGCCCCUCCUGGACGAAUGAGAUCCAGCCCAGCCCGACGCGCCUUCUGCUGCGCUUCAUGGAUGCUUCAGCCUCCUCAGCCCUGCACAACUCAGCGGAAAAUCACACCGUGACGCGGACAAAUCUGACCACUCUCCUUUUUCAACCACAUGUUCUCUGCAGGGCUACUCUAUACACUACAUAUUGAUUGAGCUGCCAUGGCUAACAGAGGCCCCAGCUACGGACUGAGUCGAGAGGUGCAGGAGAAGAUUGAGCAGAAGUACGACCCGGACCUGGAGCAGCGGUUGGUGGACUGGAUCGUUGGACAAUGUGGAGGGAACCUGGAGAGGCCGCAGACAGGCAGAGAGAACUUCCAAAAAUGGCUCAUGGAUGGAACAAUCCUGUGUCGGCUUAUCAACAGCCUUUAUCCAAGGGGGAACGAGCCUAUCAAGAAGAUUCCAGAGACGCAGAUGGCCUUCAAACAGAUGGAGAAGAUCUCUCAGUUCCUGCAAGCCGCUGAAGCUUACGGAGUCACAACCACGGACAUAUUUCAAACUGUGGAUCUCUGGGAAGGAAAGGACAUGGCAGCAGUGCAAAGAACUCUCAUGUCUCUGGGGAGUGUGGCUGUCACCAAGGACGACGGUCACUACAGAGGUGACCUGGAAUGGUUCCGCAGGAAAGCCCAGGGAUAUCGGCGAGAGUUCAGCCAAGAGCAACUCCGCCAGGGCCAGAGUUUGAUUGGCCUGCAGAUGGGCAGCAACCGCGGGGCCUCCCAGGCUGGCAUGACGGGCUACGGCAUGCACCGUCAGAUCAUGUAGACCGCUUACUGACUGACCUCCUUCCCCUGCUUCCAGACCUUAUUUUCUACUAACACCAUCGCGGUUGUAGCCCCGAUAUACCUCCAUGUCCUCUAUAGCUCCUGCCGUGUCAACCUCAAAUUUCCUUGAAUUGCUGCUUUCCCAAACAGUGUUGUACCUUAAAGAAAAUGAUGUCAGAUACAAUUCUUCUUCAAACUCUCUUCCUGUUUAUGUAUCUCUCCCUUCCCUGCCUCCCUAUUAGUUUACUUCCAUCUCUAAAUGAUUACCUAAUGUGUAGAGUUAUUUAACAAUAACGAUGGCAAAAGCGAGCCAUCCGUGUUAUUUUUAUUGUGAAAUACUGUUACAACAUGCUGUAUGCUUUUUUAUUCGUAUUCAUGUGUGCAUUUAUUUACUUCCAGCCAUUGUCUCAGGAUGAUCUGUACGUUUGUACUUAUUUAGCUGUCUAACCUGAUGGACUCAUUAAGUUAUUCUGUGGUCUCGUCUGAGGACUUUUUGCAGUAUCGUUGUGCCUGGUUAUAGGACUACGGAGACCGGGUCCUGAUAUUAUUACCUAAAAAUAUAAAGUUUCAUUUCAUUCUGAAUCAUGCUUGUUAUUUUUUUUCUAGAUUAUAUCUUUGUCCAGAAUGUGUCAAUGCAAGUAAAUGUGCAGCAUCCAGCAUGUUUGACAGUGAAGUUGAGUUUGUUUUUAUAUUUUUUAAAUCUAUACAUAUAUUUAUCUGGAGGCUUGUGAGAUGAAGUGUUGAAUAAAAUAAAGAACGUGAACAUA